AUGGACAAUCAACACGCCGAGAACUUGGAGAGUGUCAAAAAAAGUACUCUUGUACUCCCAACAAAAAUUAAGAAUAACCGAGAAAAGAUUAUUGUUAACACGAAAAAAAACGCUGUUCCGUUUCAAAAAACCGAUGCUCGUCUGGAUGACGUGAAACCGUUAGUUGCCCAAGACACAACUGACUGGAAAAAGGUUGCUAAAAAUCUAAAGGCUCGUCUUGCAUUUGCUAGUUUUAAAGUACGACAUAAUUGGCAAUAUUAUAAUAGAUCUACCUGCGAAAAGAUAACCCAAGGGAAACCGCAAUCACCAGGCAAACUUGGCGAUUCUUUUACUCCGAUUUUGCUUAACGAUUCGAGUCUCGAGCGAAUAAUAGAUUUGACGGAUGACUCGAAUGAUAAAGAUUCGAAAAAACCUAAAAAAAGAAGACACAGUGAUGACUUUACAUCGAAUAUAAAGAAAGCAAAGCAUCAAUAUAUCCUACCAACUAUGAAAUCAUUAGAAAAAUCAAUUGACGAGGAUUCAUUGGCACCAGAACUUUUUCCAAUUUUGGUUCCUACCGAAGAACAAACAACACUCUCGAGUGGAUGGGAUCCAAUGUUAUCCGAUAACUUUAGUCAAAUUCAAGAUCUGACGGGAAUCGUUGAUCAUGGACCAACACAAUUUCCCAGUACUCCUCCGCAACAACCCAAGACUCCGACUGAUGAACAUGCUGCGGAAUUAUUAUAUUAUUUCGCAUCAUCACCUGUUACUACAUCGCCGGGUCGAACUCCUGUAAGCCGUUUCCCACUACCAGAAACUCAUUUAGGUUUCACUACUCCACCACCUCGUACAAAUAUAGACACUUCAACGCCUGACUCGAGAUUCUCAUUAAGUGAAUUUGUUAGAUUAACUCCAACUCCAAAACCGCCGUUUCCACAAACUGACUUCUUAACUCCGCCUAAACAUUUGAAAUUGACUCCUGGACAUCUAAAUCUCUUCACCGAACUUUUGCAGAUGAAUUCCGCCGCAACAAAACCAAUUGCAACAAAUCCUGCCUUUGCUCAAGGAGCAAAUAGAUUCUUGAUGAUGAAAAAGUAG